AUGAACACCACCUAUGCCCAAAUCUACGAUACACUCGGCCUAAACAUCAGCCAUUUGAAAACUGCGGCCCUUUUCUCCGACUACUCAACCUUGAUCGGCCAACUUAACAAACAAAACGCAAAAGUGCUGACCGUGGGCGCCGCCCUAGCGAUACAAAAGAACUUUGCGCUAAACGAGGCCUUCAUCGACAACAUAACGGCCACUUUUGGGGCGCAAGUCUUCGUUGAGGACUUCAGCGGAAACGCCUCCAGCUCAACUACCCAAAUAGACAAUUGGGUCUCGGAUGAAACUCACACUGACAUUGUGCCUCUUUUCAACGGGUCAAUGCCUGCAAACACGGGUGCCAGUCUUUUGAACGCCCUAUACUUUAAAGCGGGAUGGAAAACGCCGUUCUCCGUUACUGAAAAGUCGAAUUUUCUUCGGGCGACUUCCAUUUUCAAUUACUUAACAUUUUCAACAGGUCAAUUGGUGGAAAUUCCUUACUCUACCCCAAGCUCCCUUAGCUUGUACCUCUUUCUACCUCCAGUUACGUUUAACGGUUCAGCUCCUAUCAGCUCGUUGAUAACUUCAACAAAGCUAGAGGCAGCGAUUGCCUCAAUGAAACCGGAAACAGUCGACUUAACUUUUCCGCAAUUCAACACCACCAGCAACUUGUUGAACGCUGAAACCGUUUUAAGCAAACUGGGCAUUGUGGACGCUUUCACCGGAAGUGCGGACUUUUUUGCCGUCAACGGCGACUACAAUUUACGCCUCUCGGAGAUGAUCGACUCAAAGGUGGUGUUUAAACUUUCCCAACUGGGCACUGAGGUGUCUGCCGCCAGUGGGCUGAUAUUAUCGCCUCCUGAAAAGAAAAAGAAGGAAAAUAAAACAGUAGAGUUUUUAGAGGACUAUUUUUUAGAUGAUGAAGAACUCUUUCUUCAAAAUUUUGACUCAACAGCUACAAAUUUUACCGCCGAUCGACCUUUUCUUUUCUUAGUUCGUGAUACAAUGACAGGGUUGACACUGUUUUCCGGUGUGGUAAAGGAGUUCAAAUGA